GAAUGCUCAAGAAGCAAAGGAUGCUCGUGACGCCUUGGUCUCCGCAGCCGGCAAUCGUCAUGCUUUGCUCGAUGCAGCAGGUAUCAUUGCCUGGUUUGCCACGAUCACGACCGUGGUGGACUUCAGCGGACAUUACAACAGCAAGGUGAUCGCGAUUCUUGAGAGGAUCGCCGGCGUCCUGAGAGCUGGGCGCAAAAUGCGGGGCUUCUUCAAAGAUCCAUUUGAAGCAAUGGGUCUUUGCAAGCAGUAG